AAACAUGAAAUUUUUCGUUCUCUUGACCGUCUACGUCUUGGUAGUCUCCGACAGAGUCCAGGGGACGCUACAGUUGUCAACGAAGGUUCCAGAGAACGCUCAUGUUGGGGAAACCGUCACCAGUGUUCGGUCGGCCAAAGGGGAAGGUAGGGAGGAAGUGAUAUGUAAAAUCGUCGCCGGAGACAAGAACAGACGCUUCCUUGUGACCGACUGCGUGAUCCAAGUGGCGCGUCCGUUGGAUUACAGCGUCGACCCGAGCUACAACCUCACGGUAAACGUCACCGGGUCCUCCGGAAACCCCGAGCAGCUGUAUGUUGAUGUACAAGUCCAAGACGUGGAGGGAUACCCGCCUGUUUACAACGACACGUGCGAAAUGCCGACUCGAACAGCAUGGGGGAAUUCAGGCGAUUUGAACGUCGAUAUGAAAUGGACAGUCAAGGGCAUGUCAAUGAAUAUUGGAGAGGUGUUUUUCUCGAAUCACUUUUAUUACAAUCCCAAUAGUGUUAAGGACCAGGUUUCAACAAGAGUAUACUCGGAUAACAAUAAUUGUCUAGUGCAGUUUGUAUGGAAGCCCAUGAAUGGCGAUGAUAUCACUUUUAUUAAUUCGUUGUGGAGUACGUCGAUAGAACGACCGUGCUUGAACUGUUCUGGAUCAACAGAUGGGGCAUCCGUCCUCCAAUUUGAAGUAUUGCACAGUUCUACAGGCUUUACUCCCAGUUCGUCUGGCAGCUGUUACACAGGGCCUAUUCCUCAAACUGAUAGACAAUUUAUAUUUGGUGGUUCGUUGACGAUUUCAUCCAUGAAAAGGAAUCUUUUCACAUGCGACCUGCCAGACAAUAUCUCGGUCUCCUUAAUUCCACAUGGCAACGGUCGUGACAUAAUACCUCUACUUGUAGAGUUUGAUGCCCAGCCAGUCGGAUGUCCCCCUAACAAGUACGGCGUGUUGUGUGACCAGAACUGCACCUGUGAGAACGGUGCCCGCUGUCAUGGGCUGAACGGGGCCUGCAAGUGUCAGCCUGGAUGGCAGGGUGUCGUCUGCGACAUACCUUACAGUACAGUGGUCAUCAUCGAGACCCCUGGCGACUCACGACGGAUUUACAUCUCCGGCACUGUUACGUUGCACUGCAAGGUUUUCCAUCUGACUGCUGACAGGAUGAUGUGGACAUUUCCUAAUAAAACGGAAAAGUGGCUGCAGGGCGCUCAGGAAGAUCGUGUAAGGAUCCAAAACAUACAGUCCGAACACAACGGUACCUACACCUGUACUGUGUUAACGGAAGAUGGGGCGGCCAUUAACGCAAGUUAUGAGCUUCAGACCGUCGCUUGUCCUCCCGGAAAAACGGGUGAAUCGUGCGAAGAGGAGUGCGUCUGUAGCCAUGGCGGCAGCUGUGACAGGUGGGCCGGCUGUGUGUGUCCGCCGGGAUGGACAGGAACCACGUGUCAGACCUCCUGCCCAGUUGGCACCUACGGACAGGGUUGCAGCAGGCGGUGUCGGUGUCAGCAUGACGCCACCUGCUUCCUUACCGACGGCCGGUGUAACUGCACGGAAGGCUGGUUCGGCAGUAACUGCAGCAGGCCCUGCCCCGCAGGUCGGUACGGAUGGAAAUGUUGGCAUGCUUGUGCCUGUAAGAACAAUGCCAAGUGUAACAACGUGGACGGAACCUGCGCCUGCGUGCCACCCUGGACUGGUAAGUUCUGUGACGUCAUCGAAACGGACACAUACACACUCCAGAUUGUCAUACCCCUGGUACUGACUCUGCUUGUUGCUGCACUAGUAUUGCUAAUACUCUACAAACGACAGAAGGCUAAACAUGGGGCACAAGAAGAGCCUUUAGAGGAAACCAGAGUUCUUCUAGAGCUGAGAAACAUGGAAGACGACCUGGCACAGAGUUUGCAGCCCGGCUGGCUCAACCGGUGGGAGAGGAACGCCGACGAUCUGACUCUGAACGAACUGGUCGGGCUGGGCGCGUCCGCACAGAUCAGGAAAGGACGGCUUCGAACGGCUGACGCUGACGUCACGGUGGCGGUCAAGUCCGUCCGCAUAGAGGACAGGCGGUGCUACCGAGCCUUCUGCCGGGAAGUCGCCCCGCUGAUAGCCGUGCACGAAAACCAGGGAGGAAGAAAAACGGGGGACAUCCCAACAUCGUCAAGCUCUUUGCGGUUUGUCCGUUAUGCCGUCCAGAUAUCUCAUGCCCUGGACGAGCUCCGACGUCUGCGUAUCGCUCACGGUGACGUUGCCGCCCGAAACGUCCUGGUCAGCGGCGAUGACGUGGCCAAACUUGCUGACUUCGGUCUGGCCCAUGACGUGUACACCGAGACUACCUACGUGUCCGCAGUAAAUAACGACGUCGACGAACUCCAGCCCAUGAAGUGGAUGGCUCUGGAGUCGCUGGAGUCUCGCGAGUUCACGUGCGAGAGCGACACGUGGUCGUUCGGCGUGCUGUUGUGGGAGAUCGCCGCCUUCGGGGAGGAGCCCAGCUACCAGCGCCAGCGCCAACUGAGUUGUCCCAAGUUGGUGGGGCUCCUGAGGCAGGGGGUCCGUCUGGACAGGCCGCCCGGAUGUCCGGACAAGCUUUAUGACGUCAUGAAGUCGUGUUGGCGGGAGGAGCCGUCGGCAAGACCAGAGCCGGCAGAACUGGAGCAGAAGCUGACGGAAUGUUGCCAAGAGUUGGACCCACUUCUGGCUGUGGAUAUUUAG